UAUUUAAGGACUCAAUUUAAAGAUAAUAAACAAAGGUAAUACAUUUAGGUUAUACAUAAAAUUGACGCGGGUCGUUUUAAAAUUAUUUUUUAUAUACAAAUAAGCCUAUCGACUUAAAUAAAACAUAUUUACUAGUUUUGAUGUGUUAUUGUACCAGUGGAGGCUUUAAUGUACCAAUGAGGCUGUAUACAUAUUUGCUAAGCUGACUAAAACCUUCAGUUUAAAUUAACUUAGUUUGUCUUCUCAAGUUCUAAGUACAUUCAUUUCUGAGAGAGAGCUUUAAAGCAAAAUGCAACGAAGAGCUCACGAGUUGGACGAUAUAUGGCGGAUUCUUAAACCAUGGGGAAAAUUUCAAAUUGGACAACUUGUUCUUGUUCUGGUUGAUUACAUACCGGCAGCCUUUGCGAUAUUAAGUGCAGUUUUUACUGGAUACAUACCUGAAUACGAGUGUGAAGUGCCCACAGCGAAUGGUAAUGAAACAUCAGCAGUUUGGAAUAUUACGUUCAAGCCACACAUGUGUCACUACAAUGUUUACAACCACACUGGCAAUGCAUCUAUCUUACUGGAGAAGCGGACGUGUGACAAUUACGUAUAUUCAAAAGAAAAUACUUACUCCUCUGAGUGGAACUUGGUCUGCUCUCGUGCAAAUCUGGCUGCACUAGCACAGUCCCUUGUGCUUGCCGGACAAGGUCUUGGCGCUUUAACCAUGUCUCAUGUGGCCGAUAGACUAGGACGCAAGACGGUUCAUAUAAUUUCUCAUAUAGGGGUUUUGGGUUCGAUGAUUGUCAUGGCAUUUUCACAGAACAUUUACAUGUUACUAACAAUGAGACUUGUUACUGGCACAUUUCAACAGGGAAUCGUGUGUACUGGAAAGACCCUUGCCUUAGAAUUAUUCCCCGUGGAAAUCCGUGCCCACACAGCCCCACUCGGAUCAUUAGCAUGGUCUUUCGGUGUCAUGCUUCUGGCUCCAUAUGGCUAUAUAUUCCGUGACAUCGAUUGGCGAUACCUUCAGUUAGCAUUUGCGGCAUUUUCUAUCUAUGCUUUAGCUGAAUGGUGGAUGAUGGAAGAGUCCGUUAGAUGGUUAAUAUCAAACGGUCGGUUAAAGGAAGCAAAAUUCAUUCUUGAGAAAGCAGCAAAAAGAAAUGAAGUGGAUUUCAGCAAGCUGGAAGAUAUCCUUCAUGAAAACAUCCGUUUAUCCGACGAAGAUCAUUGUGAAAAAGACUUAACUAGGGAGGAGAUGGAAUCAUUUGCAGAUGAGAAAGGAAGACCGAAUAACAGCAAGUUGCAGUCAACCAAGACGGUGGAAAAAUAUACUGUUCUCGACAUUCUAAAAAAUCCUUCUCUCAGAAUAGACACAUUUAUUCUUUGGUAUUCAUGGAUAGUAGCGGCUGGGGUGUAUUAUGGCCUCACACUUGUGUCAACCCAUCUUGCUGGGGAUCGAUUCCUGAACUUCUUCUUGAGUGGUGUUAUGGAAUUUCCUCCACAUUUAGUUUGCUUCUUUCUUUACAAUAGAUUAGGACGAAAGAAGACUAUGAUCUUAUGGUAUGCAUUAGCAGGGAUUUCUCUAGUUGUUUCAACAGUCUUGCUUACUGUCCUUGAAGGAAACAGCGUUGCUGCUGCAAUAGCAACACUAUUUUCAUUACUCGGGAAGGCGGGAAUUACGGGCGGAUUCAGCACUGUCUUCUUGUAUACUCCAGAAAUAUAUCCCACCAAUUAUAGGAACAGUGGUCUUGGAAUUGCUUCAUCCAUAUCAAGGAUUGGUGCCUUGCUGGCCCCAUUCGCUAGUAACUUGGCGCUGAUAUCGUUGUGGAUACCAGGUGCAAUAUUUGGUGGCAUGUGUCUGUUGGUAGUUAUUCUUGCUCUGAGACUUCCAGAGAGUGCUAGACAUGAGCUUCCUACAACCAUUGAGGACUUUGACAAAUGGGACACAAAACAACGGACGUCGAAAGAAUAAAUCAUACAUUAGUUGUUGCGACACUUUAAAUUAACCACAAACAUGUAAAAAAAUAGUAAACAUUCAAAGCAGAGUGAAUCUGCUUAUUACUAUUCUAACAUAACCCGACUUCCUAUUCAACAAAGAAGACUGAAAAUUGUGUUAUUAUGCACCAGUUCACUGUUUACACGUCACAAUUAUUACUUCAUAGUGUCAAACGUCAAAGUGGCACGCUGGAUAAGAAACACAUAUAAAACAGGCAAAUAUUUCGUGGAUAUCGUAAAGGAUGUACAUAAUAAUCCUUGAUAACGUGUUAUAAUCGCCCUCGUGGUAUUAUUCUUUCGCAUCUGAACUCCAAACAGUGAUUUCAACGACAUAUCACUGUUUGGGAUAUAUGAUAUUAUUUCUUAAAUAACAUGUGGCACAAGAAAAUAAGAGGAAACAAAUAAAGAUGUUUCGUUUUGGUUUGUCAGUCUAAAGACAAAACGAAACGAUGGUGUCUCUUCUAUAUUAAACAAGAAUAUGAAAGUCUGUGAAAUUGAUCUGUAAAUCUUAUCACACUGAGUUACAGUUAAUUAAACAUAAAAAUCA